AUGUCGAACAAGCAAGGCAAAAUGGCCGGUUACAUCAACUACCGCAUGCGAGUUACGUUGCUGGACGGCCGCCAGAUGACGGGACAACUUCUUGCGUUCGACAAGCACAUGAAUCUCGUCCUAGCCGAUACCGAAGAAUUCCGACGCGUCAAGCGAAAGCAAACGAAGCCUGCUGCCCCUGGCGCAUCAAGUUCAUCCGCAUCCCAGACAGUCGAGACGGAAGAGAAACGUACGCUAGGCCUGACUAUCCUGCGUGGAGCUCAUAUUGUUUCCCUAUCCGUCGAAUCUGCACCGCCGGCCGACCCUAGCACACGGCUUGGGAAGAGUACCCCUGGUGGUCUUCCAACUGGCUUAACAUCUGGUCCGGGAGUGUCUCGCCCCGCUGGACGUGGUGCGGCGCCGUCAUCCCUUGCUGGUCCAGCUGCUGGUGUUGGAAGUGGUGCUCCCCCACCAUUCCCUCAGUUCGGUGGUGCUCCUGGUUUCGGACCUGGCAUAGGUGGCCCUCCUGCCCCUGGGUUUCCUCCUGGUGGCUUUGCGCCGCCGGGUUUCCCUCAGAACGCGCAGUUCCCGCCUCCUGGCUUCAACCCUGGUGGUGGACCUCCGGGAUUCAACCCUCCGCCGCGGAGAUAG